AUGCGUAGUGCCGCCGCAUUUACUCAUCAAAGCAGAACAAGGCUGCGCGUCUUCAUCGGGAAUAUCAGACGCAUUGGUAGUAGGGCUUGGGACUAGUGAUCCCAUUCCCGUUCCCAUGUUACCUCCAUCUCUUGUGGGAGUAUCUGGAAAUGGCAACAGCAAUGAGAAUCGCGAGGAGGUGUCGCAAUUACAUGGAGGUGACGAGAAAGACGAUAAAACUGCAUGUACAAGCGCAGCAUCUUCAUCCACAACUGCAAGUGCAACUACAGUAGUGCUCACGUCGAAGAGUAUCCAGCCUCGCCGCGAUCUAGCACAGAUCUCGAAGCGUGUCGAUCUCGAUGGCGGUACCGUGGAGGCUGGUUCUGCAGCAUGUCAAGCUGCAGAUGGGUUGGCCCAGGGGCUUAACCUUAACGUUCCCGUAGGGAACCAGUCAGUCUCUUCUCUACCGGUUGGAGGGGUAGAAGUAGAUGAACAUCUUCAUCCUGGGUUUGGGAAGGAGGUUGCGCUUGGGUUGGAUUCCUUGGAGAUGGUCAUGGAUUGUGCUGCGGACUCUGGAGGUGGUGGAUUCUUUUCGGGCAAUGAGGAUGAUAACAACAGCAACAACGUGUUCGAAGAGCUUCUUUCUCCACAUUCUCGACAGCAGCGCCGAAAAAAAGCUGCGGAUGAUGAUGCGGCGAUUCGAUUUGCCGCGGUGAGGUCUCAUACGGGCAUUUAUGGGAUGAUCCCCGAGGACGGUGAAGAUGAUGAACUAGAACUAGAUGAAGAGAUUUGUGACUCCUUCCUGGGGGAAAGAGAGAGCUGGCGCCUGCCUAAGCUUCAUGCGAGAAGUGUGGCCGCAGAAGUAGAACUUGAAGUAGCACCAGGAAAAGCAUUAUCUUCAGCUUCAAGCUCGUCUUCAUCGUCGCACAAGCGCGCAGUCAGUAGUACUAGCAUAGGAGAACAAGCACAUAUGAAAGAGCCGAAACGACGACGAACCACGACUAGCAAUGCAGCAAUCGAUGAUGGCGGACAUGUGCAUCCAGAUGCUAUUCCUCAAGACCAGUCCGACCUCGGUGGAGGAGCGGCGAAGUGUAAGCUUCUGACUUCGUCUGUGCGCGAAUUUGUCAGCAGCACUGCAGCGGAACGACAAUGGUGGCGCACCUCUGCCCUUUUUCAACAGGAAGUGAUACCACAAUCGAAGAGAACGUGUGUGGAGUACCUCGCGGCUGCGGUAGGCGAGUUUGAAGGCAUGCCGGCACCAGGAUUCUGCAGUGGUUUGUCUCAAGCGAAUCUCAUCCAUCUGCACAUCGAAAGUGUGAAUGCUCUUCACAUCUGGAAGAAAGUGCGACAGGCUAUGGCUUCUGACAAGGUCUACGGAGCAUACGGCACGGAGAAGGCGACUAUGGACAAAGUAGAGCGAGCCCUUGUCAAGAUCAGCGACCAGAUUAGAAGCAGAAAGAAUCGCUGCGUGAGUAGUUGUGCUUCUUCUUCUGGUGCUGGCGCUUGUAGUAGUGGCACAUUGGGGGACUCGCAGUCCUCUGCGGCAAAUGAGCAGCAUAGCCUGGGAUCCAAGGAAGCGGCACGAGCCGCACCAAGCAGAAAGGACAAGCGAACGUCGAAAAAGGAUAGACGAGUCAAAAAAGCAGCAUGGAAGUGAAGGACUAGAAGCAUGCUCGUGCAAACACGUGCUUGCGCAAGUAGCUUUAAUGGAAUUAGUGCUAGUGUCCCCGAUGUCGGCCUAGUUAUAUUACGCUCUUCGCUUUCUACUUCUAGUACUAGUUGCAAGCUUUCGUUAGGUAGUGGCUGGCAGUGCGUCUGCCUUCUUUCGCGUUCACAACUCACGCUACACAGCAGGAGCGACGUGUCCUAUUCUUAUUUGUUUUUUCAGGGUAAGUAAUGCGGAUCUUGAGGCGCUUGCUGUUGCUCAACAGUACGCUUGUUGCAGAAUAGACAUAGAGUCCAUCACCAUCUUCAGUAUUCAUUAGAAGUUGCAACUGCAUUCGUUUGGGCGUGGGCCUGCCUUUCCCGUUUUUGUAUCUUCUGGUUGUCUUUUUUGAUUUUUACGUUGUAUCAAGCGACGCUAGUACUACAACUACUACUACAUGCAUAGACGACGAGGAACGCAGAGUCGAAGUGACUAGUCAGCUACAAUUAAUGCGAGAUAAAUGAAGAAUGAACGAUAAGGGUGUGCUGAUGUGGUCUCAUUAUAAUAAAAUAAACGGUGGCGUGUAGACUAUUGGCCUAAGAUAUUUCAUAUAGUAAAUAAUUACUCAUCUUCUUAUCCAGACCGGUGCAGCUCAUUCUCUUCACCAGUUAGCCACCCAAUCUACACCAAGACAGCACGACAAUGCACAUUAAGCUGACAAGUCCAAGCGUCGGCCUGGUACUACGCGAGUAUGUCGAUAAAAUAAAUGAGUGAGUUGGAGUUGCAAACAAAAUCCUAGGAGACUUUCGCAUCUAUAAUAAAUAAUGUAUUGUGCUUUUUGUUGACAGCUGAAGCAAGAUAGCUAGCACCAGGGCAAGACUCACUACAGGAGGUGCGAGAACAUUUAGAGCUUCGGGCCCACAUGGUGAAAUGUGUGAAUCUGAUACGUAAUGCCUGAGCCUACUACGAAACUAGGUGCGUUCUUGUCGAUAAAAAUAGCUAGAACAUCGUGAAUGGUUCUCAAUGUGGAGGCAAGUCCAUCUCUACCAGUGCUUUAGCACGCGUGGUCGGAACACGAUCAUCAACAUCCAUAAGGAGUCUCCUUCACUAGUAAGUGCACAGAAGAUGUCGAUGGGGACCCUUACUCACAUAAUAAAUGCACUCUUCUAUUGCACAUCCGAGGGGUUUGACUUUGAAGCCCACUUGAAUUUGAACUAGACGAAGCCAUUUAAUGCAGAGCCAAAGGCGCACUGUCCCAUUAUAAAGGGCGAAGCUUUUUAAGGAUCAUCUCCAUCUGCAGGAACAGCCUGCUGCGUCAUUUUUGAUUGGCG